UUAGAGUAGUUAUAAAUAACUGCCCGUCGGCUCUUUAUAGCCAGUCAAAACAAACAAACGAAGAGCUCCUCGAUGCUGUUAAGUAAGAACCUUACGAACCAAAAUAUUAUUUUACUUUCAGAAAAAAUUCUGUAAAUGAGAAUAGGUAUUUCAUACCGAUAUCUUAUUCAAGAAGCCUGAAAUACGCAAAGGAGAGAAGAGAACGAAAGAAGGGAAAGAAAAGUUUGAAGAAGAAUUAGAUGAUAAAACCAGCAAGAACAUGUAACAAAAAAUAAACACUGUGACAGAAAUUUAUUGGGUUCUUCAACUUUCCUUACCCUCUGAAAUACGGCGAAUCUAUGUAUUUUAGAAGAGCAUCGUCUUUUAGUUUUAUGUCUUUAUCGCUAGCAACUAAAUAAACUGACCCCCUACCCACCAUUUCCGCAGUGUGUUGUCAUUUGAGAUUAGAAAAAGCCCAGCACAGUGAGUGAAAUUAGUAGCUGAAACAUUGUAAUUAUAUAUAUAUGUAUAUAUAUAUAUAUAUACACACAAAUAUAUUGAAAAAAAAAAGAGAAUUAUAAAAGCAAGUUAACAACAACGACAAGAGCAGCCGUUUCUUUCCCACUGCCUGAACAAGUAGAUAACUGUUGACUAAUAGGCACACAGUAACAACAUCCCCCAAAAUCAUAAUAGUCAGUAACUUAAAAAAAAAAAGAAAGAAAAACUGUGUAGAAGCUGUCUUGAUAACAUUUAUCCAAAAUGUUCUCUUCAACUAAAUGUCUGUGGAUAACUCUAAUACAAGUGGUGUAUUAUUGUCAACCAAGCUUCACCGUUCCUUUGCCCCCAUCAGACAUUGGCAAGAAUUACAAAAUUAGUAAGGAAGGAAUUGGUAUAAUAGGGCCAUACAGCAAUAAAUCAAUUGACCAGCUAAUUACGGGAGCACUCGGUGGAAUCGGAAAGGCUGCCAACAGUAUUGUCGGUGCAAAUGGAUCGAUUCUUGCUGAACUGGAUAUGAUGUUGAAUAUUGAGCAGUUUAACGAUUUGUAUGAAGUUCCAAACACAGAAUCGGAACCCAUCCGCAAAAGGCGAAAAGCAGUUCGCAACGAGAAGUUUCGCUGGACAAACGGUAUCAUCCCUUACGAAUUCGAUCCAUAUGAUUUCUCGGUAAAGGACCUUUAUUUCAUUAAACGCGCCUUAACUGAAUGGGAAAGAUACACUUGUCUCAAGUUUGUACCUGCAAGAGAGACUGACAAGAACAGAAUUCUCUUUAGACACGGCAGUGGAUGUAAUUCACAACUGGGUAUGGUCGGAGGUGUGCAGGCCGUAAAUUUGGAUGCUAAUGGCUGCCGUUAUAAAGGACUUUAUCUCCACGAAGUCGGUCAUGCCGUAGGUCUUGUUCAUGAGCAUCAGCUACCUGAUCGUGAUAGGCACAUUCGGAUUAUUUACCAAAAUGUCUUGCCAAGCAUGAGAAUCUGGUUUAACAAAUACUCUACCGAUGUUAUCAAUACCAUGAACGUGCCGUAUGAGUUGUCGUCAGUCAUGCACUAUGGAAUUACAGCUUUUUCAUAUGAUGGAAAAUCUCAAACCAUUUCCGCGCUAGACAAAUCUCGAGAAGACGAAAUUGGAAGAGUAUAUCAAAAGGAAUUAGCGUAUAGUGAUGUGGAAAUAGUGAACAAAAUGUACAACUGUAGAGCACGUUGUCCGGAUAAGGAUAGUAUCAAAUGUCUGGAUGGUGGUGUUCUUGACGAAAACUGCAAAUGUAUAUGUCCAGAUGGUUCCCAAGAUUGUCGAGAGGGCGCUGUUGUCGAUGUUUCAGAGGAAGAUUUCGCAAAACAACUUUACUUAUGGCUUGGAUUACAGACACACCUCGCUCCCGAAGUGUGGAAAGGAUCAUCAUCUUGUAAGAACACUUACCUUGAUGCAAAAUGUGACACAUGGAGUGCGAAUGGAGACUGUUUAACGAAUCCUAAGUGGAUGAACGAAAAUUGCGCAAAGAGUUGCAGUUCGUGUCCUUCUGAUACGCAACCAUCUACCUGUAAAAAUUCGUACCUAAAUGACGAAAAAUGUGACCAGUGGGCCUUAGAAGGUGAAUGCCAGUUAAACGCUGUAUGGAUGGAGCAAUAUUGUGCUAAAUCUUGUAGAACAUGUGACAAAGUUACCGGUGGCGGCGGUACAGAUGAGGAAUAUGAUGAUUGCAAAGAUUCCGAGCAAUAUAAAGAUAAGUGCCCUGGUUGGGCCCAAGCAAAUCAGUGUGCAAUAAACCCUAAAUUUAUGAUACCACACUGCCGAAUGUCCUGCAAGAAAUGCCAAACAAAAGGUUGUGUGAACUUAUACAAAGAUAAUAUUUGCGACUUGAAGGCAGAAGGUGACCAAUGUGAAUCUAACAGAGAAUUCAUGAGGAAAAACUGCAGAAAGUCUUGCAAACUUUGUAGUGAAGGGGAAAUUGAAUAUGAUAAGAAAACCACAGUCUAUGUUGAACCAACGACAGCACCAACUACAAAAAACAAUCCUUACAAUUGCUAUGAUUCUCACACUAAUGUAGAAGAUUGUAAAAUGUGGCGUGACAAUAACCAUUGUAACAUCAAUCCUGACUGGAUGGCUAGACAUUGUCGUAAGUCAUGUGGUUUCUGUAGUGAUACAGGAAGAACUACUACCACAAGCAGUUCUUGUCAAAACAAUGAUCCUGGAUGUGAUGAAUGGGCAAAGCACGAUAUGUGUACUACAAAUGCUCGUUAUAUGUUGGUUCAUUGCAAGAAGUCAUGUAAAGUUUGUGGAGGUUGUGAAGAUGAUAAUCAAUUAUGUGCAGCAUGGGCCAAAGGACAUCACUGCAACAAAAAUGCAGGCUACAUGUUACGGCAUUGCAGAAAGUCCUGUAAUGCUUGUUAGAAGUCAAUGUUUGAAGGGUGCUCAUUAAAGAUUUCCCCUGACCCACUUCCCAAGGACCGGGAUAAACAAAACUUGGCAUAAUUAUUAGUCCUUAUCUACAUAGCCACCGUCAAUGGUGACACACUUCUCCCAUCAUUUUAUGCAGCUGUGAGGACUCGUCUGUAGAAGUCAGUAAGCUGUGUCUGGUGCCAAGGCUUUAGCUCGGAAAUAAGUUCAUCAUCAUCUGAAAAGUGCUUCCCCUUCAUGUUUGGAAAGAGGUGGAAGUCAGAUGGAGUGAGGCUGGGAGAGUAAGGGGGAUAUGGAAAGAUUUCAUAGCCACAGGAAUAUGCUUUCAUCUGGGCAAUAUGCGCAUUGUGAACUGAGGGGUUGUAUUGGAGGAGGUGGAGUCCUUUGGUCAGCAUGCCAUGCCUCUCUGCUUUGAUGGCAUCUCAGCAGAGAAGCAUAAUAUGCCCUGUUAACUGUUGUGACCUUUGCCAGAAAAUUCAUCAUCACUACUUCAUGCAGGUCCCAAAAGACUGUGAGCAUCACCUUGCCUGCUGAGGGUUGGACAUGAGCCUUCUUUGGAGGUGUGAGUUAUCAUGAUGCCAUUGCUUUGACUGGACUUUAGUCUCAGGAUCAUAGUGAUGGACAACCCAUGUUUCAUCCUGUGUGAUAAGUCUGUCAAAAAAGUCCUCCUCGUUUUCUUGGCACAUUGCCAAAAGAGCCUGGGAGCAAUUGAUUCAUUCCUGCUUCUGAAAAGGUGUGAGCAUACGGGAAAUCCAUCAUGCAGAGAGCUUCUGCAUGUACAAAUGGUCAUGAAUGAUUUUUUCCAAUGACCCCACACUUAUCUUUACUUCUUGGACUAGUUGCCAAACAGUUAUGCAGCAAUCCUCCAAAAUGGUGGCUUCCACUUUAUGGAUGGUGUUGUCAUCAAAGGCAGAACAUGGUUGUCCAGAAAUAGGAGCAGUUUCUACUGAUGUCCGACCACCUUUCAACUGGUGAUACCAGUGCUUGACUAGGUCGUAUGAUGGCGCAUCAUUAUGAUAAACUUCUUUCAUCUCAUCGAAAGUCUCUUUUGGUGUAGGACCUUUCAAGUAUAAGAACCUGAUCACUGAUCUGCAUUCAACUGCCUCCAUUAUAACACCUUAGUCCACUUCAACAGCCAUAAAUGACCAACGAAUUCUAGUGGAAAGCUGCAGUUUACAAUGUGACAUAAAAAGACAUGUAUAAUUAUGCCUGUGCAAGUUCUAUUUCCUGCAAUAAACAGAAGUGGAUCAGAGGAAAUCUUUAAUGAACACUCCUCAUAUCAUUGACAGAUAGAUUUAUAUAUUUGUAUUCAUAUAUCAUCAUAUACAUACAUACAUGCAUACAUACAUACAUACAUACAUACAUACAUACAUGUAUAUAUCUGUACUUAUAUAUUCAUGUGAAUAUAUAUAUGUAAAUACAUGCCUAUGUAUAUAUAUAUAUA